AUGGGGAUAUUAACUCGAAGAAAAUUACAAAAACUGUCGUUAAUCGUUCUGGCAGCCUUGUCUCUGUAUUUUACGUUAUCGAUUGUUUUUCACAAGAAGUAUUGGUGGCAAUCAAGAGAUUUCGAAUUAUACAACAAUUUUAGUGAACUCUUUGGAAAUACAAACAAAAGUUUCGAAGAUUUUCAAGAAGGAGAAGACGGCAUGAAAAAAGCUGAAGAAAGUCGAGAGCGAAAUUCCGGGAGCGGCUUGAAGGAGGAGCUAAGGAAAAGUAGUGAAGAUACGAAGAUUUUGAUUAAUCCGAAUGAUGGUUUAGUAAAUGUUUCAGUAAAUAAUCAAACAGAUUAUUUAUUCUCCGAUAUUAAAUCCCAUAAAAAUGGUAAUAUAAGAGAUGAAGAUCAUUUACGAAAGAUAAAGCUGGUGAAAACGAACGACGAAAUCCCGCAGGAAAACUCCGACGUCCCGAAAGGUAGAGGUCUUCAAAUUCAUUUUUGGCGCGGGAUUGCCUUACCCAAUCUAAAGGCGCUCUGCAACCAUCCAUUAUUCCCCAAGGGCCCAAGCGAAAUAUCUUUUAUAGCUAAGUUGGAAGUACAACGGAAGGAAAACUAUUUUGCUCAGCAAAUAUUCGGUUAUCUGCAUCCCUCUGUUUCAGGCAUGCACACAUUUGCAGUGGCAUCAGAUGAUAACUCAGAAGUCUGGCUAUGUGAGGAGUUUAGCAAGUGGCAAGAUGCAGUCAAGAUAUGCUCUGUAGAGGACAAGGGUGACGACCUCGUUUGGACAAGCGCAGGAGAAUUUGAUAAAUACCCCUUGCAGAAAUCAAAACCCAUGUAUUUAGAAAAGGGGAAAAAGUAUUAUCUUGAGGUUCUGCAUAUGCAGAGCGGUGCUAAUGAUAUUCUACAAGUUGCUUGGCUCCAGCCUGAGGCUACUAAUUUCACAAUUAUUGAUUAUAGAAGUACAACAUUGGUUAAUAACGGGUCUUUAAAAGAAUCCGUGCGAAUUGGAAGUGGUAUAUUUGGAAGUGAGGCAUGUACUGGGUUGGCUGAACACCAUCACCUUAGGACAGGAAGGACUCUCACCAUAGAUAGGCCCAGUUAUGUCGAGCAUAAAGAGCUAGAGGAUGCUUUGCCUGUCUGUCCYUAUAGACCUGGAUAUCUAAACCGAGCAGGACCGUUACCAGCAGGACAAUGGUACUUCAUACGUAAAUAUCGCGUACCUACCUACUGUUAUCCAUGGAUUGUCUAUCCAAAAGUCUCCGGACUACAAUUCUAUAAGGACUAUCCAUUGGAGUACAAAGAGGCUGAUAGCAUAGUGAAAGAGUACAUGAAUAAAGUAGAGAAGAAAUAUCCCGGAGUGUACAAGGUAAACAAUAUCAUAAAAGUCGAAAAAAAGGAAGAUAAUGACAAAGGAGCAAGAUAUCUUGUCGAAGUCAACGUUACAAACCACAGCAACAAAUCCACCUGUGUCAUUUCCGAGUACAUCUACAAGAACUUAACCUCUAAAGCUCUGUACUACCCAGGAAAUCUCCAAUGGCAACGACAAGCUAAGAUAGCUAUCAUAAUGAGCAUACGAAAUCAAGGCGUUUGGAUGCGGCAUUUUUUAGACAAUCUGGAAGAAAUCUAUGUCAGUACCGGUAAAAAGAAUGCCAGUCUGAUCGUGUUUGAUUACGAAAGCAAUGAUAUUGACUUAGAUGAAGAAAUGAAAUCGCGUCAGUUGCCCCCUCACAUGAUCAUCAGACAACCAGGGACGUAUUCUCGUUGUCAGUCGAUGAACGCAGCAGUUAGAAUGGUUAAAGAUCCUCAUACUAUUGUAUUUACUUUGGACUUGCAUUUGGAGAUACCGAAUACCAUAUUCGACGAAGUUAGAAAGCAUUGUUUCGAGGGAAGAAGCGUCUACUCUCCAGUCAUCAUCAGACUAAGCCCCGGCCACUCCCCAGUGGAUCCYAAUGGUUUCUGGGAACAACAAGGGUAUGGCCUGAUAGCCAUGUACAAGUCAGAUUGGGAUCGAAUUGGUGGUCUAGACGAAGAGAAGUUUAAAAACAAAUGGGGUGGAGAAGACUGGGAUAUAAUGGAGAGGGUCGUGGGGGCUGGUAUGGAGUACGAACGCGUGCGAGAAUUCAAGAUGUUUCACUUCCAUCAUUCUAAAAAAGGCAUGUGGACUGGUGACGAGGAUAUUAAAAAGGAAAAGGAUCCAUUUUCGACUUGAACGUGAACCUUGGAUGGGAUAUUUCCAUCAUUCUAAAAAAUAAAGGCACGUGCACUGGUGACAAGGAUAUUCAAAAGGAAACAUACAUGUCCAGAAUACACGAACUGAUACGGAUGGUAAAAGCUGGUUUACCAUCGGUACAGUUGGUGAAAGUAAUUAAUAUGAAAGAUUCACGAAUUCAUUAUCAARGUCAUCAAAAUUCAGAUGCACGCGUCAAUCAGUUCAAUUGGUCACCCUUUGGUAAAGCUUGCGUGUUCAUAUUAGAACUGGUCACCCUUUGGUAAACAUAAAUAUUCAUAAGACACCAAACCUUGCAUCCCCCUGUUUCAGGGCUUACCAAUGGUACCGUUGGUACAGUUGGUACCGUUGGUGGUACCGUUUUCAAAUCACGAAGACACAUAUAUUCAUCGAACACAACUAAUACACGAGAAAAUAUACGAUCGGAUCCCGUAGGAAAACAUUAUAUGUGAUGCGCCGUUUUCAAAUUACGAAGACACAUAUAUUCAUCGAACACAACAACUGAUACACGAGAAAAUAUACGAUCGGAUCCCGUAGGAAAACAUUAUGAUCCAUUUUCCACUUGAAAGAGAACCUCAGAUCAGGCAUUUAAUCAAAUAAGGAAAAAGAUACCCGAUA